AUGGCAACCUCUCUUCCACCUGUAGCCAUCCCCGGCCAACGUCUGGGAUCUGUGGCCUCAUAUGCCGCUGGACCUGGCACACACGUGCAGCAAUCCAACAUCUAUGCCUCCAUCGCUGGCCCUGUCAUCGUUGAUCCCGCUCAGCCCAAGACUCAAACAAAGUCGACUUUACGAGUCUCGCGAAUGGUUCCUGGCGUGAACCAGGCAGGCGCAGCUCCUUCAACAUCCUCGGCUCCGGCCCCGAAGUCAAAGCCCAGAUAUAACACCCUACCCGCAGUGGACUCCAUCGUCCUGGCCCGCGUCACCCGCGUCCAGAAGCGACAAGCCGCGGUCUCCAUUCUCGUCGUGCUCGAUGAGGCCUCCGCUGCAAACCCAGACCCAUCUAAAGCCGCUUCAGACAAUGAUAAUGUCGCUUCCAUUCUCACCUCCGCCGCCAACCCAGAGAACCAUAGCAACACCGAUGAGCUUCGCUUUCAAGCGCUGAUUCGCAAGGAAGAUGUGCGAGCCGUCGAGAAGGACCGCGUUGUUAUGGAUGAGAUGUUUCGUGUCGGUGAUAUCGUGCGCGGCUCGGUCAUCUCCCUGGGUGAUCAGAGCUUCUACUACCUCACCACUGCCCGCAAUGAUCUCGGUGUAGUGAUGGCUCGCAGCGAUGCUGGAAAUAUGAUGUUCCCUAUUAGCUGGAAGGAGAUGAGGGACCCUGUUACCGGUGCCGGUGAACAAAGAAAGGUUGCUCGGCCGUUCUGA